GAAACCGAAUUGGCGGCCGCCCAUCGAUGCAUCACGCGCUAGUAUAAAAUGAGCGCAUUGAAAAAUCCAACGAUUUUCAUUCAUUUCCCAAAUUAGGGUUUUAUUAUAUUGUUUUGCUUUUUACGAAAUCUCAAUCGUCAAUUGCGAGACUUUUACUAUAAUUUCAAUUUGGAGCAGUUGAAUUUUUCAUAUUAUUAUUGGAUUAAUAAUGGUAUAUUAAAGCAUCUGCUUAAGGCUCUCCGUUAAUGUGGAUCAUCUUUAUCAAUCAAAUGAGCUCAAGGAGUUUGUAAAAGGAGUUUCACGGUGUGACUACUUCCUAGUUAAUUUGGAAAAAGGAGAGAUGGAAGAAGAGGAGGAAGAUAAGAUUUUACUCAGCAGUUUGGGUGUGACCUCUGCAAAUCCCGAAGAUAUUGAACGUGACGUCUUGGACAAGGCAACAAGGCACGUUGGGGACAGCAAUGAAGCUACAGGGAUUGCUGAAGAAGAGAUAGUGGAAAGAAAGGAAGAAAAUGAAGAAGGACAUGAUCAGAAAUUAGAUUUGUUUAAUAAAUUGAGAGCAGUAGAAGUAGAAAUAGAUGCGAUUAAAGAUGGAUUUGGACACUUGGAGCGCUUUAGAAGAAAUGAGGAGGAAGUCCCUGAUACUGAUGGUAGCAGCGAGGCAAAGCUUACGGAAAGUGAGCAAAGCAUGAUUCAGGCACCUCUGGAUGAUUCAAACCUUCAACAUGCUUUAGCUGAUGAUCGUCUAAGAAGUCUUCUUGAAACAAAGGCUCAACUCAAGGAUGAACUUUCAAAAUUUGCUAAUGAUACUUCGCCUGGUGCGUUGAUAAGAGAUCUUGUUAAGGAUCAACCUAAAUUCAAAAGAAAGGCGAAAGAAGUUCAGAAGUCAAGUAACAAGAAGAGCAAACGGCGGAAGACAGCAUUGCUGGAUGAUGAUGAUGAUUUUGAUGCAGUGUUAGCUGCAGCAUCUUCUGGAUUUGUGGAAACAGAAAGAGAUGCACUAGUAAGAAAAGGAAUGUUAACCCCCUUCCACAGGCUCAAAGGCUUUGAACGUCGGAUCCAUGAUUCAGAGUCUUCCGGUAGACAAAGUGCUGCAGCUGAUAUAAACAGUAAUGAUGAUGACCUUGCUUCCACCAGUAUAGCCAAGGCUGUCCAGUCAAUCUCACAGGCAGCUCAAGCUCGUCCAACCACCAAGUUGCUUGAUUCUGCAUCAUUACCAAAACUUGAUGCACCAACCCACCCUUUCCAAAGACUAAGAAAACCCCUAAAAAUCCCUCAAUCAUUAGAGAUUACAACAGAGAAGAAUGGAGAAGGUACUAAAAAGAAGAAAAGGCCGUUACCUAGCAAGAAGUGGAGAAAGUUGGCAUUUCGUGAGCUUAGGCAGGACGAAGUGUCAGAUGUCAAUACGUCCAGUCAUGAGGACAACAAAGGGGAUAUUGAAGAUGUAGAACCUUCUUUUGUGGAACUUGAAGGUGGAUUCAAAAUCCCGGAAACUAUCUUUAACAAGCUUUUUGACUAUCAGAAGGUUGGUGUGCAGUGGCUGUGGGAACUUCACUGUCAAAGAGCUGGUGGGAUAAUUGGAGAUGAGAUGGGUCUUGGUAAAACCAUACAGGUUUUAUCUUUUCUUGGAUCACUGCAUUUUAGCGAUAUGUAUAAGCCAAGCAUUGUUAUUUGUCCGGUCACACUUUUGAGGCAAUGGAAGAGGGAAGCUAAAACAUGGUAUCCCAGCUUCCACGUGGAGAUAUUACAUGAUUCAGCUCAUAAUCUAUCAAGUAAAAAGAAGCAAGUGGAUUCUGAAAGUGACUAUGAAAGCGAAGAUCUGCUCGAUAGUGAGACUGAAGGAAACAAAUCUUCUAAGACUUCCAAAAAAUGGGAUCCCGUGAUAGCUCGUGUUGUAAGAUCCAAUUCUGGGCUAUUGAUCACCACUUAUGAGCAACUCCGUCUAUUGGGGGAGAAAUUAAUUGACAUUGAAUGGGGUUAUGCAGUGUUAGAUGAAGGGCAUCGGAUUCGGAACCCAAAUGCUGAAGCUACUCUUGUAUGCAAACAGCUCCAGACUGUUCACCGUAUCAUAAUGACAGGGGCCCCAAUUCAAAACAAGCUGAGUGAACUGUGGUCAUUGUUUGAUUUUGUCUUCCCGGGAAAGUUGGGAGUUCUACCUGUGUUUGAGGCUGAAUUUGCUGUUCCCAUAUCUGUUGGGGGUUAUGCUAAUGCAACACCGUUGCAAGUUUCCACAGCUUACAGAUGUGCUGUGGUGUUACGUGACUUAAUCAUGCCUUACCUCCUCCGGCGGAUGAAAGCUGAUGUCAAUGCUAAUCUCACUAAGAAAACUGAGCAUGUCCUGUUCUGUAGCCUCACACCAGAGCAGCGAUCUGUUUACCGAGCUUUUCUUGCCAGCUCUGAGGUUGAACAGAUCUUUGAUGGGAACAGGAACUCUCUCUCUGGAAUCGAUGUUAUGCGGAAAAUUUGCAACCACCCCGAUCUUCUCGAGAGAGAACACUCCGGUAGAGAUCCAGACUAUGGAAAUCCUGAACGCAGUGGAAAAAUGAAAGUCGUUGCAGAAGUGCUCAAGGUAUGGAAGGAACAGGGGCACCGUGUUCUCCUUUUUUCUCAAACUCAACAGAUGCUGGAUAUUCUUGAGAAAUUUCUGGUUACAUGUGAAUUCAGUUAUAGGCGAAUGGAUGGUGUCACUCCUGUAAAGCAGAGGAUGGUUUUGAUAGAUGAAUUUAACAAUACAGAUGAUAUUUUCAUCUUCAUCCUGACAACAAAAGUUGGUGGUCUGGGGACAAACCUGACUGGAGCUAACAGAGUAAUCAUUUUUGAUCCAGACUGGAACCCAUCAACUGAUAUGCAGGCCAGGGAGCGUGCUUGGCGUAUUGGUCAGAAAAAAGAUGUUACCGUGUAUAGAUUGAUUACCCGAGGAACCAUUGAGGAGAAGGUGUAUCAUCGACAGAUUUACAAGCACUUUCUUACCAACAAAAUAUUGAAAAACCCGCAGCAAAGAAGAUUUUUCAAAGCAAGAGAUAUGAAAGAUCUCUUUACAUUAAAUGAUGAUGGAAAUGGAGGAUCUACAGAAACAUCUAGUAUAUUCAGCCAAGUAGCUGAAGAUGUGAACAUUGUCGGGGCUCCUGAUAAUCAAGCUAAACCGUAUUUUAAAGCACCGCCAGAAAAGGAUAAUGGGUCCAAGAUUGGCAAGGGAAACAACUCAGAUACCAAGGGAAAAGCGGGAGAUUAUAACAACAAUGGGGAAUUAGAUGAAGAAACAAGUAUCCUGCGGGGUCUUUUUGACGCUCAUGGGAUCCAUAGUGCAAUGAAUCAUGAUGCUAUCAUGAAUGCUCAUGAUGAAGAAAAGUUGAAGCUAGAGGAGCAGGCUUCCCAAGUAGCUCAAAGAGCUGCAGAAGCACUCCGGCAAUCAAGAAUGCUUCGAAGCCGUGAAAGUGUAGCAGUGCCAACCUGGACUGGCAGAUCAGGAGCUGCUGGAGGGCCAUCAUCUGCUAAAAAGAAAUUUGGUUCUACUGUUAAUCCUCAAUUAACCAGCAAAUCAUCUGAAGAAUCAUCGAGUGACUAUGCUAUCAGGACAAAUGCUUUAGCUGCAGGGGCAUCUGCUGGAAAAGCAUUAUCUUCAGCGGAGUUGUUGGCUAGGAUUAGGGGGAAUGAAGAGAAAGCUGUUAGUGAUGGACUUGUACAUCAGUUUGGUAUGUCAACGGCUUCAACCUCCAACAGCAGAGCAGGAUCUCUAAGUAGUGGGCACCGGAGUGCAUCUUCUAGCCAUGUGGUUCAGCCAGAAGUGUUGGUUCGCCAGAUCUGUACAUUUAUACAACAGAGAGGUGGAAAGACCAAUUCAGCCAGUAUUGUAGAUUAUUUCAGGGACAGGGUACCAUCAAAGGAUCUGCCACUGUUCAAGAAUCUAUUGAAGGAAAUUGCGAUUCUGGAGAAAAACCCUGGUGGAUCUUUCUGGGUUCUAAAGCCUGAAUAUCAGGAUCAGUAAUGCCUUCCUAGUUCAAACAUAUGAUCCAUGAACUCCGCUUCUGUGCUUUCUCAGAAAUGAAAUAUCAUAUUGCCACUAGAACAUCUCAAGUGAUUCAAAUUUCAUUUUUCAGUUAGAAGUUUGCCAUUCCUCGAGGGUCAAGGUGACACAUUCGUUAGGCUGAGAGAUUUUCGUUUUAGUUCUCAGCAUCUUUGGUCAGUAUAACACUCUAGGUAGUUGGACCUAUGGGCAGUGUACAUAGUUGGAUAGGUUUCUGCUUCCCAUAAGUCAUUGAUUUUUCUUGUAACAGCAAAUAGUUGAUACUCCGGAAACAAAGCUGUGCACAAAAAAAAAAAAAAAAAAAAAUCCUGUGCACAAAAAAAUAAUUCUUCUUCUUUUGCUUUGUCUUACUGCUGCCCGUUUCAUUUGGUUUCAGUAUGCGCAUAAUACACAAAAGCUGCAUUUUGCGGCAAACUUUAUCAAUGGACUUAAAUUUGGUUGCAGUUGAAAUAGUUGAACCUUGGAGGAGUAAACAAACUAACAAAGUGAGAAAAUUCAGUUGUCACCUCUUAAGUUGUUUGGAAGCAUUUCAGUUACUCAAAGCGAAGGAACGAUUUCUCCCUUGAGAGCGCAAUAGAAUUCAACUUCUUAUUGUUUUGUUGAUACUUUUUGAAUCAGUGGUUGGAAGCUAGUAAAUUGACAGUUGCAGCAGAAGGAAACAUCGUCUAUUCAUUUUCAUUUUAAAGAAAGGGAAGAUGAAGCUGGAGGAAAUUGGGAAAUAUAUUUAAUGGAGAACCCGAAAAAAGGAAGUUAAGUACUAACAUUUCUAGAUCUCAAAUGAGUACAAGAAAGUAAAUAUGAGGAACGUAAGUUAUUAUACACACUUUAGGUACUUUACAACUUCUAAAAGUUCCUUGGAAAACGUUUCAAAAACUUCAAACUCCAAAUUUUAUUUAUGUGUAUUGAUUCACUAACUUAAUUUUUCUUAUGGCUCGGAAGAAAUGUUAAUCCUUUUUUAUUCCAUGUAUGGCGUCUUAGCAGCACCGAAGCAACUUAUGCUUUGCAUCUAGUCGGUAUUUUUGACACUGAUUGACAGACAAGAACAAAUGGAAGACAAUUUUUCUUCGAAAGAGUAAGGAUAUCUUUUAGCUAUUUUGCACCAAGAUGUCAGCUCUAGUAAUUUCUCUCUCUUUUUUUUUUUUUUUUUUUUUUUGAGGCAUAGUUCAUUUGAGGGAUACCAAAAACAUUAGGAGCAUAAGGAAAGAGCACAACAAAUAAAAGCAUCUCUACUCAUAUAAGCUUAAUGGAUCACACCAAGGACUUGGAAGUGUUAAAUUACAUGAAAUAUAGAUAAGAAUAUGUUUUCGAAAUCAUCUCAGUGCAAUAAAUCAGUUACUUCCGGAAUGCUCGACAGACAUUUGUGUAAAAUAAGAUAUUUUCCCUAUUGCAUGCCGUACAGAAGCUCGAUUAGGAUGUCGAGCGAGUACAUUAACAUAUUCCACCGCAGUUGUCUUCCAAAA